AUGCUUCUGGAUAAUAUGCCAAAAUUGCAAGUACAUAGUAGUGAGCUGAAAGUACCAUCGGCGUUUCGGAUGGUCGUAGCACUGCUGCUGAUAACCACGUGUACGACUCGAUUCUCCACGGCAGCACCAUCGUCGGCAGCCAAGUCGUGGCCCGCGAUGAAAAAUUACGACAUUUGGGGAGAUCCGGACGGUGAACUGGCCUCACCUUCAUCGCCCUUAGUAUCCUCAUCAUCAUCAUCAUCAGCAUCAUCAGCAUCGUCAUCCCGGACCUCGUUAUCAAGUUUGCGUUCGGGGAAACCUGACCCUAAUUUGCGCAACGUAACACUACACCGGCGGGGUCGAAGUUUUGGUUUGGAUGCAUUCUCGCAGGAGGAUGGCCUCGAACGAAGCGCGGAUAACAGCUUCGAUGGAGGCUACCGGAGCAGCGGACGUAGUGCGAAAGUGCUCAACUUUUUCCCGGUCCCGGUGGACGACGAGUGCCUCUCGGACGAUGGACUGCGCACCGGCCAGUGUAUGAACGUGUACGAGUGCCGCAUCCAGGGCGGUUCCUCCCGGGGCCAAUGUGCGCUCGGCUUCGGCGUGUGCUGUGUCUUCACGGCCACCUGCGACCAGGAGAUGGCGAACAACAUUACCUACUUUGUGUCGCCCAGCUUUCCGGCGCUGGUUUCCAAGGAUACGGUUGCAUGCAAGCUGAAAAUUAAACUGAUGAACACGGAGAUUUCUCAGCUCAAGUUUGAUUUUAUCCAUUUUGCAUUGGGCCAACCGAAUAGACGAACCGGUAUUUGCGACGGGGACGUUUUUCGACUUACUGGUGGAGUUUUUCCAUUUGAUCUUUGUGGGCAGAACAGCGGGCAGCAUAUGUACUAUGAUUUGAGCCCAAAAUCGCGGGCAGAUGAGGAGAUUGAAUUGGAGAUGAAAUUUUCACCGCGGUCUUUUACGCAACGGUUGUGGGAAAUUAGGGUGACACAGAUUCCUUUCAGCCAAAGGGCCCCUACCGGGUGCAUGCAGUAUUUUACUGGUACGGAAGGAACUAUACAAACAUUCAACUUUGCCGAAAACGGACGACACUUGGCCAACCAUAACUACAGGGCCUGUAUUCGACAGGAGAAAGGAAUGUGUUCGGUUGCGUACGAGCCAUGUGAUGACCAAUCUUUUCGGAUUGGAAGCCCCAGAGCGGGUAGUGAAUCAUAUCCUGGAGGAUCUACGGGGAAUCCUCCGGGAGGAGUGGCUACUCCGGGUGGAGCUACUGGUACUGGAGGUUUACCGGGUUCUGAUGGAACUGGAACAUUUACAGAUCCAGGAAUUGCCAGUGAUCAAUUGGCUCCGGCUGUGGAUAUUCCUCAAGGUUUACCAGACGGCGCGGGAAUUGGAGAUGGACCUGGGUUACCCGAAUCUCCAGUUGCAGACCAGCCGGUUGCCGCCGAUGAUCCGGUCGCCGUUGAUGAUACGGCAGCCGAUGAACCGCUGGCAGAUGAUCCGGAUGCUGCGGAGGAAGGUUCCGGAGGCGGUGGGGGUUUCUUCGGAGGUUUGUUCCCAUCACUCUUUUCGAGAAGCAUUUUCGACUCGUAUCGAAGUUUCGAAGGAUCUCAUCGGCAGGGUCGAGACUUUUCGAGACAGUUCUACUCCACCUGUAGGGAUCGAAUAACGCUCCCAUGCAUAGUGGAAGACUUUAUAGGCGUUGGGAUGGGAGAUUUGCCGAGCUGCAUUCCGGUGCACUGUGGUAAUUCGCUGUGUCCUGGCGGAGUGUCUCCCUGUCGGGUUGAGACCUCAGUUACCCCAUUCGGGCUGGGAAUUCAUUUUGGUGAAGGUUUAGAUAAAGGUAGUCCAGAGGAUAAUAUAGGAGCCUGUUUGCGGUACAAUCAGAUCCCGUGUGCUGGGUAGUUUUGGGGGAGUAAUUAUGUUGAGAGUAUGAGAGAAAUUAUUUAUU